GUACCCGGUGGCUGCAUCAUGCACGGAGACAUUGAGUUGCGAUGUCCCGCUUCAAUCAUGAAGAAUGUUGAUGCUGUUAUUAUUGGUCUAGGUACGAAUGAUGUUCUAGGAUUCUCGAGGUGGGAAGUGAACGAGAAGCCACAGUACGUCGUGGAUUCGAUCCUACGUCGGGCAAAAUGUAUUAUUGGUGCAGCACGAGAACUGUAUCCUCAUGCGACGGUGUAUUUCAAUUCUAUUUUGGCGCAAAACUCUCCAUCGGGAAGAAUCGUGCCGCUGCUUAAUGUCACACUUAAGCCCGCGGUUAUUUCUGCUGGAGCCAGGUUUAUCAACAUUGCCAUGAACCGUACCAGUAAGCUUUGGUAUGACUCCAUCCAUUUAUCGGAUGAGGGAUUGUCACAUAUGCUAAAGCAGAUAGAGGGACAGCUGCUAAAUGAUCAAAAAGUGCAGGUUAGAAUCAAGAGCGAGUUCGAAUCAAACGGUAAAUAUAUAUAUAUUUUUUUAUUGAAAAAACUAUAUUUGCUAUGUCUUACAAUAUAUUCUUUAGCAGCGCGGCAAACCGAGAAGACUUCGCAGACCGCGACUGUUCGAACGUAUGCUUCUGUUGUAAAAACUAGUCUAGCCAGCAGAGCUGGGACGAGCGAAGUGCGACCAAUUAAGGCGGGGACGAGCGAAGUACGAUCUACUAGGGCGGGGACGAGCGAAGUACGAUCUACUAGGGCGGGGACGAGCGAAGUACGAUCAAUUAAGGCGGGGACGAGCGAAGUACGAUCAAUUAAGGCGGGGACGAGCGAAGUACGAUCAAUUAGGGCGGGGACGAGCGAAGUACGAUCAAUUAAGGCGGGGACGAGCGAAGUACGAUCAAUUAAGGCGGGGACGAGCGAAGUACGAUCUACUAGGGCGGGGACGAGCGAAGUACGAUCUACUAGGGCGGGGACGAGCGAAGUACGAUCAAUUAAGGCGGGGACGAGCGAAGUACGAUCAAUUAAGGCGGGGACGAGCGGGGUGGAAAGUAGUUUGUUUGGUGGUUUGUGUGGGGGAGCUGGAAAGGCGAAAAAACUCCCGUACGAUUUGGAUAAUGUGAUUAACGCCUUUAAAUCAAUGGGGAAGUUUGACUCCUCUUGUACAUCAUCUUGGCAGGAACUUCUUUCGACAUUGUGGUAUAGAAAACCGUCCAAAACUGAAUUUAGAAACGAAUUGCGUAGGCUUAAGUAUUUUUGCAAAACGCAUAAUGUCGAGUUGCGUUCUUUUUUUCAACAGGACAACACCCAGGAAAUGUCCACCAGCAACGAUGUGGUGUCGGAUAGUAGUAAUACGUCCGACCAACAAGACGAAUACGAAGCAGCUCCGUCACCAGUGCAAGACGAUUACGAAGCAGCUCCGUCACCAGUGCAAGACGAAUACGAAGCAGCUCCGUCACCAGUGCAAGACGAAUACGAAGCAGCUCCGUCGCCAAUAUCAGAUGUUUCAUCUCUAAAAUCACAGGUAAUAUCGGACCAGGUAACGUGUAGUGGAGACGAGGACGAAGUUUGUAUGGAAUCAGGUGACUUUUGGACUUGUGGUGAUUUAGUUGAUACCGCUGUUUUUACUUUAUCUUCAGUUGAAUGGGAGAAUGUCCGAAGUUCAGUAAGUAAUUUUCGUAUUCGAUAUUCUGACUGGACCGAUUUAUUUAGACGCGGCUUGGCGGAGAGCAAUCCGUUUUGUGUCUUUACUUUCAAAAAUCAACACUGGAACAAAACGUGCACGCUGAAAGGUGUGUUUCACUGCACAAGUUUGUAUGAUGAGGUCGCCAAGGAAUUUUAUGUAACUUAUGAGGGUACGGUUAAACAUGACACAAACGAACUUCAUGGUACUAGGUUAAAGGGGGAUCGUCGAAAGAAUAUGCAAGAAAAACUGGUUAAUGUAAAUCCGAGAACUGUUUACAUCGAUAAUAUUAAAGCUUUAUCUCGUGACGUGUAUGAUUCGGGAAACCGUACCGACGCCCCAGGAAAAUGUGUUCUUAAAAGAGCUCGGUACCAAGCCAGAAAAAUAGACGUCCCGUCUGACAAUGAAAACACUUCUUACCAUCAUCCGUAACUAUAUAGUAGGAUGGGGGAAGAUGGGACACCUUCAGCACAUAAUAUUCAAAUAGUCUGA